AUGAUCAUAUUCGAUUCAUAAAUGAAGCAAAAUGAAAAUAUCGAAGAUGAAUCUGAAGAUAAAUAAUUAUAUGUACCAUUAUUUCCUAUGAGAAAAAAACCGUCAUCAGGAUCUAGUCAAAUAUCUUCACAAUCCACAUCAUAAUCAACUUAAAUGCUUACCUAAUAUAGAAGUAUGUAAGAUUCAAACGAGAAAAGAGAAUUAGAAGCUACAAUAAUAAAAGAACUCAUGAAAGAUAAACGAUCAUCUGAAUUCUAUGCUGUUCAAGAAAAUUGGAUUUCAUAAUAUAAAUAAUAUUUAUAUCAAAAUGGAGAAAGACCAGGAAUUUUAGAUAAUAAUAAUUGUACUUAAUACAUAAUUGUGAAUGAGGCAGUUUGGAUUUUUUUUAAAUAAGAAUAUAAAGCUCAUCCAGAGAUUAUUUGCAGAUAAAAACAUUCAAGAACAAAUGAUAAAAGAUCAAAAACAGUAGAACCUACUAUAAAUCGUUAAUCCUGCUCUAAUUCUUAAUCCAAUUAUGAGUUGCCUCUGAUAGGGAUGAAAAAUGAUUCUUAUUAUUGUUAUAUGCAUUCUGGAUUACAAUCCCUCUUAAGUAUAGCUGAUCUGAAUUAUUUUAUAAUCAAAUACAUCUAAAGGAUAAAUAAAUAAUAACUAAUAGACAAAAAAAAGGUAAAUGGAGUUUCAUUUACUUGGGCUUAUUUCGAAUUAAUUGAAUAAAUCAAAGCAAGUACUAUUCCUAUUAAAAUUAACACUAUUAAAACUCUGAUCAUAAGUUAAUUUCAUCCAAAAAACCAGCACGAUUGUCACGAAUUCUUACUAUAUUUAUUAGGACAUAUUGAAGAUGAAAUAUUAAAUUUCAACAAGGAAACUAAAUCAACUUAUAUAAACUUUGUAGAGUAGAUCUUUAAAGGAAAGCUUUAGACAAACAUUAUAUGUCAAAAUUGUAAAAAUAAAGUAAAGUAAAUUGAGCCAUUCCUCACUUUAUCAUUAGCCAUUUCUCAAUCCAAAAGUCUUGAAUAAUGUCUUGAAGAAUUUCUAAAAGAAGAAACUCUCAAAGAUUAUAAGUGUACAAAAUGUCAGUCAACUUGCAUAAAGAGCCUUCAAAUUGUUUCUAUUCCAUCAAUACUAGUAUUACACCUGAAGCGAUUUUAAUUUUUACCCCAAUGCCAUAAAAACAACAAAACAAUAACAUAUCCUAUUGAUAUCCUAAAUUUUGGCAAUAAAACUUAUAGACUCAGAGCAGUUAUUGUUCACACUGGGAAUUUAUAAUAAGGUCAUUAUUUCACAUUUGCAAAAAGAUAUCACUAAUGGUUUCUUUUUAACGAUGAGACUGUGAAAGCAGUUACAAAAAAAUAAGUACUUAUGCAAGCAGCAUAUAUCCUCUUUUACUAAAUUAAUGAGAAUCCAUGA